AUGAGGGCGCGGCCGCGGGUCUGCGAGGCGCUGCUCUUCGCGCUGGCGCUCCACACCGGCCUGAGCUACGGCAUCAAGUGGCUGGCGCUGUCCAAGACGCCGGCAGCCCUGGCCCUGAACCAGACGCAGCACUGCAAACAGCUGGAGGGCCUGGUGUCGGCGCAGGUGCAGCUGUGCCGCAGCAACCUGGAGCUCAUGCACACCGUCGUGCACGCCGCCCGCGAGGUCAUGAAGGCCUGCCGCCGGGCCUUCGCCGACAUGCGCUGGAACUGCUCCUCCAUCGAGCUGGCCCCCAACUACCUGCUUGACCUGGAGAGAGGGACCCGGGAGUCCGCCUUCGUGUAUGCGCUGUCAGCAGCCACCAUCAGCCACGCCAUCGCCCGGGCCUGCACCUCCGGCGACCUGCCUGGCUGCUCCUGCGGCCCUGUCCCAGGUGAGCCACCCGGGCCCGGGAACCGCUGGGGAGGAUGUGCGGACAACCUCAGCUACGGGCUCCUCAUGGGGGCCAAGUUUUCCGAUGCUCCUAUGAAGGUGAAAAAAACAGGAUCCCAAGCCAAUAAACUGAUGCGUCUACACAACAGUGAAGUGGGGAGACAGGCUCUGCGUGCGUCUCUGGAGAUGAAGUGUAAAUGCCACGGGGUGUCCGGCUCCUGCUCCAUCCGCACCUGCUGGAAGGGGCUGCAGGAGCUGCGGGACGUGGCCGCCGACCUGAAGACGCGCUACCUGUCGGCCACCAAGGUGGUGCACCGCCCCAUGGGCACCCGCAAGCACCUGGUGCCCAAGGACUUGGACAUCCGGCCCGUGAAGGACUCGGAGCUGGUCUACCUGCAGAGCUCGCCCGACUUCUGCAUGAAGAACGAGAAGGUGGGCUCCCACGGGACGCAGGACAGGCAAUGCAACAAGACAUCCCACGGCAGUGACAGCUGCGACCUCAUGUGCUGUGGACGUGGCUACAACCCCUACACGGACCGCGUGGUCGAGCGCUGCCACUGCAAGUACCACUGGUGCUGCUACGUCACCUGCCGCAGGUGCGAGCGCACGGUGGAGCGCUACGUCUGCAAGUGA